CCAUUUGAGAUUUUCCAGGCAACCAAGCAACCCAAACCUUGCAAAAGAAAAGAGUUUUAUUUUACUAUGUCAUUCGUCGGAGGUUCAAUGAAUUUACCGGCGAAGUCAAUUACCCGCGACGACGGUCACCCAUUAUUCACCAAUUCCAAACAAACAGAACUCCAAAAAUACCCCAAAAAACCUACCGUUUCUCCUACGUUAGCUGAGCUAUUAAUGCAUGUCGACGACGCCCAAAAUUCUCCCGUCGAUCAUCGAGCUGUUGAGAUCGGUUACGGCUGUAGUUCACUCCCAUCGUCAAAUCCUUUCUUUCUUUGUUUCAAUAACUUGACUUACAGUGUUAAAGUUCGUAAGAAGCUGGGAUCGAUCCCAUUUUGUGGGAAAAACAGUGAUGAGACUGAAUCUAAUGGGAUUAAUACCAAGAUUUUAUUGAAUGAAAUCUCUGGUGAAGCUCAUGAAGGUGAAAUAAUGGCGGUUCUUGGUGCUAGUGGCUCUGGUAAAUCCACUUUAAUUGAUGCAUUAGCGAAUCGUAUUGCUAAAGAUAGCUUAAAAGGGACAUUAACGUUGAACGGCGAAGUAUUGGAAUCAAAGCUUUUGAGGGUUAUAUCGGCUUAUGUUAUGCAAGAUGAUCUUCUUUUUCCGAUGCUCACCGUCGAAGAGACGUUGAUGUUUUCAGCCGAGUUCCGAUUACCUCGAUCGCUUUCGAAAUCGAAAAAGAAAGCUAGAGUUCAAGCUUUGAUUGAUCAAUUAGGGUUGAGAAGUGCGGCGAAAACGGUGAUCGGAGAUGAAGGACAUCGAGGUGUUUCCGGUGGGGAGCGACGUCGGGUUUCGAUUGGGAUCGAUAUAAUCCAUGAUCCCAUUGUUUUGUUUUUGGAUGAACCAACUUCGGGUUUGGACUCUACGAGUGCGUUCAUGGUAGUUAAGGUCUUGCAACGGAUUGCGCAGAGUGGGAGUAUUGUGAUUAUGUCAAUACAUCAACCGAGUUAUCGGAUUUUGAGCUUGCUUGAUCGGUUGAUUUUCCUUUCACAUGGGAACACGGUUUUUGCCGGCUCGCCGGGGAUGCUUCCAUCAUUUUUUGCGGAAUUCGGACAUCCGAUACCGGAGAAUGAAAACAAGACGGAAUUUGCUCUCGAUUUGAUUCGGGAACUCGAAGAAACACCGGGUGGAACAAAAAGCUUAGUUGAAUUUAACAAAUCAUGGCAAGCUAGAAAGAAUCAAAGAAAUGGAUUCUCGAUGAGAUCAAAUCUUUCACUCAAAGAUGCAAUAAGUGCAAGUAUCUCGAAAGGGAAGUUAGUUUCCGGUGCAACCAACGAUUCGAACCCAACCGCUUCGGUGCCGAUUUUCGCAAACCCGCUUUGGAUCGAGAUGAUGGUUAUUGCCAAACGAUCGAUGACGAACUCGAGAAGAAUGCCUGAAUUGUUCGGGAUUCGAUUAGGCGCGGUUGUCAUUACCGGGAUCAUCUUAGCCACCAUGUUUUGGAAGCUAGACAAUUCACCGAAAGGCAUCCAAGAACGUUUAGGUUUCUUCGCUUUUGCCAUGUCAACAACGUUCUACACUUGCGCCGAAGCAAUCCCGGUUUUCCUCCAAGAACGAUAUAUUUUCAUGAGAGAAACAGCUUACAAUGCUUAUCGUCGAUCAUCGUAUGUAUUAGCUCACUCGCUAAUCUCUAUCCCAUCUCUAGUUAUCCUCUCGAUGGCCUUCGCCGCAAUAACCUUUUGGGCGGUCGGACUCGCUGGUGGCCUUUCCGGGUUCUUCUUCUUCUUCCUAACAAUCUUCGCCUCCUUUUGGGCCGGAAGCUCGUUCGUAACAUUCCUCUCAGGCAUCGUCUCCCAUGUCAUGUUAGGCUUCACUGUUGUUGUCGCCGUCUUAGCCUACUUCCUCCUAUUCAGUGGAUUCUUCAUUUCUCGUAACCGAAUACCCUUAUACUGGAUCUGGUUCCAUUACAUCUCUCUAGUUAAAUACCCUUACGAAGCUGUUCUUCAGAACGAGUUCGAUGACCCGACGAAAUGCUUCGUCCGAGGAGUUCAAAUGUUCGACAACACACCACUCGGGGAGGUGCCGUUGUCUGUGAAACUGAAGCUAUUGCAAAGCAUGAGCGGUGUGUUGGGUGCCAACAUCACCGGGUCGACCUGCGUGACUACCGGAAAAGAUCUUUUGGUACAACAAGGUAUUACCGAUAUAAGCAAAUGGAAUUGUUUAUGGAUCAUCAUUGCAUGGGGAUUUUUUUUCAGAAUUUUGUUUUAUUUUACUUUGUUGCUCGGGAGCAAGAACAAGAGAAAGUAAAAUUAAAAAUUAUUAUUCAAAAAAAAAAAAAAAGUGAGAUGAAGAGGUUAUGGUUGGCUUCUUUAGAGUUCAAAGUUUAUCAAUAUUUGUCUAAUUUCAGUGAAUAUUUGUGAAGAAUUUCAUAUUUGACUAAUGAAUUAUCAUGAGUAAUAUUGGAUUAUGUUA